CUCUCCCGCUAGCCAAAAAAAAAAAAAGAAAAAGAAAAUUCCUCUCCGAUGGCCGGCGUUCCCCCGCCGCCGCGGCAGCUCGACGUGCGGCGCUUCGCGGCGGCUCGAGCCGGCGAGCUCCGUUCCCUCCACGAAUCCGUAUCCGCCCGCCUCGCCGGCCGCUUGACGCAGCCCCGCUCCGCGCGCCGCCGCACCACGGGCCACCUCCCCUCCAACAAGCGCCGCCGCCGCCGAAGCCGGGAUGCCGAGGCGGCCGACGGUACGGAGGAGGAGGAGGGAAGGCCCUCGAGGAGGGUGAGGCGGCGGCGGGAGCUCGCGGGCAACACCGCGGAGGGGUUCUCCGCCGCCGGCGACGGCGCGCGGCGGCUGCGCACGCACCUGUGGCACGCCAAGAGGUUCUCCAUGGAGAGGCGGUGGGGAUUCGUCUUGCCCAUCGGUGCCCAUGGGAGAGGAAGGGGUUCAAGAACUGUUCUGAAGUGGCUCAAAAAUGGAACAGUUGUUCAUGAUGCUAGCUACUUCACUCCAGUUGAGCUAGAUGGUCCAGAGGACUCCCUGUUAUCGAUUGUCAGAAUGGUUCUGCAUCCAUCUCCUCAAGAUAAAACUCCUGGCUUGAAGCAUCUGCAUGGUCAAGUUAUGCGAGGUGUUUGCUAUGAGAAUGCUAUGCUUUGCCGUGUUGGGUGUCCUCACCUCGAAAUUGUUGGGCCGGUGACAUACAUGUGGCGUCCAUUUUUAAGGGAGGGUGGUGAAUUGGAGACUGAAGAUGUAGAUUUGUCCAAUUCUCAAAUUAUAUCUGAUGAAAGAAAUUCUUUACGGCGCCAAUUAUGGAUAUGGAUCCACCCUUCUGCUCUCAGUGAAGGGCUUGAAACAUUAAGAGCCGCUUGUCAUCAACAGAUGCAAGAAUCUGGUGACACAAUCAGUUGUUGCUCACUGGAGGGGAAAAUGGCAAGAUUAGAAGUCAUGGGAAGCAAUGCUAUGCAAUCUCUUAAGAGUAUAUUGAAGCCAGUUAGCAAUCCAAGUAUAUCCACCAAGCUAGUUAAUAAAAAUAAUGUGACUACAUCAACUGAUCCUCUGUAUUGCUCUACUGGCUCUCAUCUUUUGAAAAGAUCUGUUUUUGAUAAUGCUGACAUUCUUCAGUCUGGUGCUAUACUAUCCAUGAUAGUCCAUGACCCCAGAGAUAAUUCAGUCGAGGGAACAGAUUCUUCUAAAACAGUUUCCCUGGACCAGAAUAACCAACUCAUGGAGGAAUACCAAGUUCCAAAUGCUGAUGAGACACCAUCAGGGAUUGGGAAUAUUUUGUCAUCGAUAUGGCUGAACCCAGGAAAUCACGAUUUGGCCCUUUCAGACUGUAGAGAAUUGUGGGAUUCCAGCCUUAAGAUAAAUCCUCCUGUGGAUGAGAAAAUUCUUUGUAUGGAGAAACACCACAGACGUAUGAAGUUUUUCUGCCUUGAUUCUGGAAAUGAUCAAGGACAAACAAGUCAAGAGAAGGAUUCCAUUGGUCGAUCCUGUCCUGUUAUUCUUCUGAAACAUGCAAAAGGCAGUCUGAUCUCUGUAGGGUGGUCUGUUAUUCUACCUUUGAGUUGGGUAAAACCUUUCUGGUUUUAUCUUGUAUCUCAUGGUGCACAUGCUAUUGGCUUAAGAGAGAGACGGUGGAUAGCCUCAAAGCUCAAGAUGCCAUGCUUCCCUUAUGAUUAUCCAGACAGCAAAGCCUAUUCAUUAUUUAUGGCUGAAGAGGCUGCUGUUCUCGAUAAAGCUACCAACUGCCGCCCUUCUUCCAUGAGACCUCCAAGGGUUCCUGUACCACCUUUAUGGCAUUGUGUCAUUGCUAGUUUUCGUAAAGGAGAUGGCAUACUGAGCAAUCUUGAAGAUGACUUAAAGAGCGUCGCUACAGUAUUAUCUGAAAGUAUCCCAGUAAAUUCCAACUCUGGUGAUGCAGAAUCAUCACCAACAAGUGCUCCUACAUCCUUCCAACUACUUGUGCCAAGAACCAUCCAAGUGUUGAGACAGUAUGUGAAAAAAAUUGAUGAGAAGUAUUUGAAUUCAUCUGACAUGGAAGCAGUUACUGGCAAGUCCAGUCUAGUUUCUGGUGAUAAUGUGAAAACGGGAUGCUCUAUAAACAGAUUAUGUCUUGUAAGGGUGCUGAUUAGAGCAUUUAAGGAAGGUUCUUUUGAAGAGGGUGCUGUUGUUUGUGCCCCACUCCCAUCAGAUCUUUCAGCCUGGAACCGGAAGACCAGAUCAGAAGAGGAGGAAGAAGAAUGUCUAGAAAAAUGGGAACUCCAGCUCCCUCAAUCCCAUGUAAGUUCUUAUUUCUCUUGGCUGGAUCCUAGCACCAGCAAUCUCCAGCUGCCAAACGGCGAUUCUACACGAAAGGCAUUCAGAUGGCCGAUAGGCUUCGUCACGACGGGUUUUGUCCAUGGAAGUAGUGGGCAAGAUGCUGUUGCAGUUGCCUUCUGCGAAGCAAAGCUUCUCGCGGUGUUGAGGCGGCAGCAAUGGAGGACACAUGAAAGUCUGAAGCGCAAAGACAUCUGUGUCCUUGUAAGGAAUGCAAGAUCAGCGGCAUACCGACGAGCACUCGCAACAAUUGUCCUGGAGCAGCAAGAGGAUGACCUUAAGUUUCUCUAGUCUGUAAACCUUAAGCUGCUUAUUUAUCAAUGUUGUAAUUUUUUGUUCAGAAUCUUUUACAGCUGUCUGAUUCAUGUUCGAGGAGUGAGAAGCAACAGGGUGGCAAACUUCCAACUCCCCAGUAAAAUGUGAAUCCUUUUUUAUCCCUUCAUAAAUCAGUUGUCACAUGGAGUCUGGGCCCACAUGUCUGGUUGUGUCCUCUCCUUUCUUCACGGCAAAUGCAUGAAGGGGUGUUGGUUGCAACUUGCAAGUCACCGGCCAGCAUUGCCCCCUAUUUUGCCGGGAAAAUUGUCCGGGAACAACCUGACCUCUCAUUUCCCGCCAAAUAAAGCCAGCCCUCUCCUUUCCCCUCCCUAUUCAAAUACAUCUCCUUCACUUGCUUCCUCCCUUGCAGAUUUUCAAACACCACCCCCCUACCCCAAACAUGUCUUCAAGGAUCCCGACGAGGGCGAACCUCACCCUCGCCGCCCUCCUCAUCCUCCUCACCGUCGCCGCCACCACCGUGCCCCUCGCAUCGGCGAAGUGCACCGUGAAGAACAAACCCGAAGGCAAGGUGGAGAAACCCGGUGGCACGGACGCGGGCUUGGGCUUGGCGGCGGCCCACAUUUCACCGGAGAAGAAUGCCGGGUUCACCAGCGGCUUAAACCACCGAUGAGGUCCUGUCUUCGCUCGUGGCGCCGCCGUCAUCAGCCGAUCGAUAGGACGGCCUCCUAAUUAAGCCUUGUAUUCCUUCAGAAAACAAAAGCUGUUUUUUCUUUCUGUUUUUGAUAAAUUAGUUUUUACUAGGAAAAAUGACUAUGCGUUGUAACGGGUGAAGGUUAUUUUAAUUUUAUUAUUGUUAUACGGUUUAGUUAAGAGAA